UUUAAAAACCUCGCACCCGAUGCUCUCCAAUGGCGACGACACUCCCCUCCUCUCCUCCCCUUCGGAUUCCCCAUUCGCCACCACCUCCUUCUAGGAUUCUCAAUGGUCGAGAACGGCAACAAGGGCGACAAGGCCCCCCCAAUGGCGCCGCCGCCGCCGCUGCCGCUGCCGCUGCUGCGGCUCCGGUGCUCCGUCCAGAACUACGACUGCGAGGACUCGCGCGUGGCGCGCCUCUUCGCGCGCAACUCAGCCGCCGAGGUCGACCCCGCGCGCCCCUACGCCGAGUUCUGGAUAGGCACCCACGGCUCCGGCCCCUCCUUCCUCCUCCUCCGCUCCGGCGCCGACCCCGUUUCGCUCGAGGAGUGGAUCCUCCAAAACCCUAGCGUCCUCGGGGAGAAGGUCGCCGCGCGGUGGGCCGGCGAUCUCCCCUUCCUCUUCAAGGUGUUGUCCGUGGCGAAGGCGCUAUCGAUACAGGCGCACCCGGAUAAGGAGUUGGCGAAGGUGCUGCAUAAGAUGCGGCCCACCAUUUACAAAGACGCGAAUCACAAGCCGGAGAUGGCCAUCGCCCUCACCGAUUUCAGGGCCCUCUGUGGGUUUGUCACCAUUGAGGAGCUUAAGGAUGUGCUCGCAACUGUACCUGAGAUUCUAGAGCUGGUUGGUUAUAAGGAACUAAGCAAGAUUAUGAAUGACAAAGAGCAUGACGGACACAUCGAACCAAAAUCUUUUCUGCAGUCAAUUUUUACAAGGCUUAUGUCAGCAAAACAAGAAGCAGUUUCUGAAGCAGUAUUGAAACUGAAAAGCCGUUUGAACAGCGAUAAUAAGAAGAGGAUGCUAACAGAGAAGGAGCAACUAGCAUUAUUGUUGGAGAAGCAGUAUCCUGGUGAUGUUGGUGUCAUAUCGGCAUUUUUCUUUAAUUAUGUGAAGCUUAGCCCUGGGGAAGCACUCUAUAUUGCUGCAAAUGAACCACAUGCUUAUUUAUCUGGAGAAUGCAUCGAAUGUAUGGCCACUUCGGAUAAUGUUGUGCGAGCUGGUCUGACUCCUAAAUUCAGGGAUGUGCAAACUCUUUGUUCCAUGCUUACAUAUAAACAGGGGUUCCCUGAAAUCUUGCGAGGAGUCACCUUAAACCCCUUUGUAUCACGGUACACUCCUCCAUUCGACGAGUUCGAAGUCAACCGCUGCCUGCUCCCCCCGCAAGAGUCGGUGGUUUUCUCCGCAGUUCCAGGCCCAUCUAUUUUCCUCAUAGUGUCCGGGGAAGGCAGAAUCACCGUGGAUUCUCCGGCCAACGAAGAAGAGACGGUGGCUGAGGGCGACGUAUUCUUCUUGCCCGCACAUAGUGAAAUAAGGGUUAGUGCUUCUUCAGCAGCUUCUGGGCAGUUGCAGAUUUAUAGGGCUGGGGUAAACAGCAGAUUCUUUGAUUAGUGUUUUCCGCUUCUACUGUAGUUUACAAAUAACGGUUUUAAGUACAUCUUAAUACCAGCCGUGCUAUAGCUAUGAGGAGGCUUAAAUUACAUCUUAUGCUCGCGUUAGUUACUAGAGACUAGUCUACAGUGUAUAGCUAAAUGAAGAAAUAAAUUGGUUUUUAUUCAAUAGUUUAUAAAUGUUUUUUCCCUCUUUAAAUACCAUACAGGUUGGAGUUUUACAUUGGUA